AUGCCUCUCCUCCGCAACGUCCUCCGUGCGACUCAAACCACCGUCCGCCCUCUCCACACGACUUCACGCCUACGAGGGCCCUACAAAAACUCUCAGGAUCGCGAAUCGCUCCGCCCCGUGAGCAACGAGAACACAAAGUCUGGGCGUGACGAGCAAGUGGCUAGCGAGCACGCCGAGACUGCCUUUGACCCCAACACGACACGGCCCGAAGAAGCAGCGGCCCAGACACGGCAAAGAACCAGCAAGAAGGGCCCCGAGGGCGAGGACCCUCUCCACGCGAGCGGUGCGAAUCAGGACAUCAGCAAGCCGUUGGGGGAUGAGAAGACGAUCAAGAAGACGGGUGCUGGGAAAGAGACCUCCAAGGGAGGGGCGAGCCAGGAAGGAAGUGCGCCGAAGAAGGGAGAGCUAAAGAAGGUGUGA